AUGUCCUGUAUAUGUGCCAGAAGCGUCUCAAUGCGGACUCGCUUCAGUCUAGCAUCAACAUUCAAGGCCGGUUGGACGACGUGCCCCCGGCAACCUCGACUACCACGCGUCAGAUAUACAACAAUGGCACAGCCAGUUGUUGAACCGGUACGAACGACGGAUACCCUCGAGAAUAUCCAUCAUCGAGGAGACUUACCAGUUGCUACCUCGCAAUCACUCGCUUUACCGGAUAGUGAAGAUGAUCCUGUGAUUCGGCAAAAGUAUCGCCCGUUCAUCCUCGACCAUACAGCAACCGAAGGGGACUGGGUCAGUGACCUGGAACUGACGACUGCCCUGAAAAUUGCCGAAAACGAUUUGAAGAAUACGAACCAGAGACUCAAGGUCCUAGUGCUAUACGGCAGCCUACGCAAGAGAUCAUACUCACGACUGGUGGCCUUUGAAGCAUGUCGCAUCCUCUUCCGACUUGGCUGUGAUGUCCGCGUUUUCGACCCGGAGGGCCUCCCCGUGAAGAACGACGUCGAACAUGGCCACCCCAAGGUCCAGGAGCUCCGUAGCCUCAGCCAGUGGAGCGAUGGACAUAUCUGGGUCUCUCCUGAGCAGCACGGUAACCUGGUUAGUGACCAGAUCACUCCCCAUACCGCAGUCUUCAAGAACCAGAUAGACUGGAUCCCCCUUAGUACUGGUAGUAUUCGCCCAACACAGGGCCGUACACUGGCUAUUGCCCAAGUCUGCGGUGGAUCGCAAUCCUUCAACGCGGUCAAUUCUUUGCGUAUCCUCGGUCGGUGGAUGCGCAUGUUUACCAUCCCCAACCAGUCCUCGAUCCCGAAGGCAUACACCCAGUUUCCAGAUGAAGGUCAGCCGGAAGACCAGAGGCUGAUGCCCAGUGGCAACCGGGACCGUUUGGUGGACUGCAUGGAGGAGUUUGUCAAAUACACGAUCCUGAUGAGACCUCACAUGGAGCUCUUUGGGGAUCGCUUCAGUGAGAGGGAAGAGAAGAGGGCAAAGGAGGCAAAGUUGAAUGGAGCCAAAUAG